AUGUUCGAAGGUGAAAAGAUCCAGGUCGAGGGACCCAAGUACAUCAAGAAGAAAAGCGAGCUUGCCCUUCCAAGCUAUGCGUCUGGCUCCUCGGUAAGCACGGCUCUGGCUGCAGGUCUGGGCUCUUUGUGUCUGUUUCUUGCGCGUAUGGCCAAUGAAUCGGACAGGCAGGCGGAGAGAUUUUGCGAGCGUUCCACCAUGCUGGCCGUGUUUCGUGAGAUGCAAGUCAGCCCCAAGGAUAAAGUCAUUGCGCCGUCUCAAUUGUUCGCAAACUUUGGCAGGAUUUUUUAUGGCACGGACCCUCGUCCAGUCGGGUUGGAUAAGUUCGAAUUCUCUUACUUUGAGGAGAAGAUAGGCGCGGGACUCACCACGCGUCGGGCACGAUCGAGAGAACGAGCGACGGGCGCGACAGGCGGCACAGUUUAA